AUGCUAAUAAUUCAUUCAGGGUUUGGCAUUAACAUUGGUGGUGGAACUGAUGCCCCUUAUGUUAAAGGAAAUACAGGUAUCUUCGUCUCGCGUGUUCGAAGGGAUGAGUUGCUUGAUUUAAUUUGUGAAGGAGAUCGGAUCAUUGCGGUUAAUUUUAUUUUUUUUUUCAUAAUUAUAGUAAAUUUUUUUCAUUAGGUUAAUGAUAUUAUUUUGGAAAAUAAGAAACAUCGUGAGGCUGUAAGUCUUUUGAAUAGUCUUGAGGGCGUUUGUACUUUUACUUUGGAGAGGAAAAGUUUUAAUAUUCCUCCCUCCGAAAACAAAGUGCUUACAUUUAGC